UUCUCUCACUCUCUAGAGAAAUUUGUUGAAACCCUUUGUUAUAUUCUGAGGAGGAGUUCCACCACCGAAAAUAAGCUCGAAUGAGGAAUUAAUAUUCAGUAACAUAUAGUUCGUAGAUGUAGCGCUUUCUGCCGAAUUAAUAUUCACAGUUUAGAUUCAGGUAAAUUAGCAAUGAUGAAGCCUCUACCAAUGGUACAAGAACAGACACCACCAAGGUCCUGUGAUUUUCUUAAGUUUUGGACUGCUUGUCCUUCUUGUAAACUAAGGCAUCUGUAUCCUUUACACAUUAUGGGCAUACCAAUUAAGUGUACUAGAGAAAGUUGUAAGGCAGAUUUUUUUACUUAUGGUGACAUUGCUCAGGAAACACAGUCAGAAAAAUACGCGGUUUCACCAAAGAAAGAGGACCAGAGUCACAGUCGUCAAAAUGUUGCUCUAGCAAGUAAUGCGAAGAUCUUGUCCUCUUGUAAGGGAGAAGUUGAGACAGGAGUGACUGUUGAGGUUGGUGGAAAUUUCAAAGGGGGAGAAGGUGUGAGUAAGUGCACGGAAAGUAUAAAAGGAAGAAAAAGGUUCCGAGAACUUGAACAAGAAGGAAGCUCCAGUGAUGUUGAAGAAAUUCUACCAACAGAAUUGGCAAAUUCUAUGGGACGUAAGAAAAAAGGAAAGCAAGUUGUUGAUGCUGCUGAUGGACUUGAAGGUGCCAAGGGGACUGAUUCGAGAUGUUGUCUUAAAAGCAAGCUUGAGCAAGAUAUGAAAGGUAUAAAAGAAAGAAAAUGCUUUCGAGAACUUGAACAAGAAGGAAGCUCCAGUGAUGUCGAAGAAAUUUUACCCACGGAAUUUGCAAAAUCUAAGGAAUGUAAGAAGAAAGGAAAGCAAGUUGUUUCAGCUGAUGAUGGACUAGAAGGUGCUAAUGGGAUUGAUUCGAGAUGUUGUCUUGAUAGCAAGCUUUAUCAGGACAUCACUGAGGUUGCUGAAACAGAUUUCUAUGACUUCGACAGGAGUAAGAGAGAAGAGUGUUUUGCAGCUGAUCAGAUGUGGGCUCUAUACGAUGAAGCUGAUUCCAUGCCUUAGAUACUAUGCUUGGAUCAAUAAGGUUUACUCACCUGGUUUCAAGGUACAAUUCACCUGGUUAAAUUACUCCACCUUUAAUGGCCAAGAUGGGAUUCGGUGGAAUGGGAAUGGACUGCCAGUUGCUUGUGUAAAUUUCGUAUACGGUGAGACUGUAGACACUACGGCUAUUGAUAUAUUCUCUCACAGGAUUGAGUGGGCAAAACGUACCAAGAAGGCUCUUACAAUAUAUAUCCUAGAAAAGGUGAAACUUGGGCUCUUUUCAAGGAUUGGAAUGUUAAAUGGGAUUCUGAUCCAGCCAACCAUAGGAAGUACAACUAUGAAUAUGUUGAAGUUCUUUCAGAUUAUCAAAAGAAAUCAGGUGCUAAAGUUGCAUAUUUGUCUAAGAUUGAAGGAUAUGUAAGUCUGUUCAAGACAAGCAACGAUCUAAUGGCUUCUUUCCGCGUACCACCCAAAGAACUUCUCAGAUUUUCACAUAGGGUUCCGUCAUAUAAAAUGAUUGGUAAAGAAGGAGAAGACAUUCCUAAAGUCUCUUUCGAACUUGAUCCUGCUUCCCUUUCUGGUAUCAUCGAACGGACUUCCAAUCCCGGAAAUCUAGAAGCCAGGGUAGAGGCAAAUGUUGCUAAAGUGACUGUUUCUUCUAAAGCUCCAGCAGAGGAGAUACUCCAUAAACAAAAGAAGAGAAACAAGACUGAAGAGAGGAACACUACGGACAGUGAAGGGAAUUCAAAAUGUAGUAACAGGUCUCAAAGGUUAGCAAAUGUUAAUAAGAAGACUCGGACUGUGGAAACCUCUACUUGUCUUUUGGAUAAGAAUAAGAAGACCACUGUUGUCUCGGACAAGCAGAAAAGUUGUGAUGACUCCAUUUUUGUUCGAGAAAGUGUAUUUACAUGUCAUGCUGCUUCUGACAGUAAGGAGAUGGGUCCAGAUGGUAUGAAUACUAGUCCCUCUUCACUUGCUCAUUUGGAGGCAAACACGGUAUUUUAUGACUUUGACAAUGACCGUUCCUGUGACAAGUUCAAGACUGGUCAGAUAUGGGCUCUGUAUUGCGACUUGGAUGACUUGCCCAAGUACUAUGGUAUGAUGAAGAAUGUUCAAUUGUUCCCUGUUUUCAAGCUGGAUAUUCAGUGGCUUAAAUCUUGCAAUCCACCAAAAGGCGUUGUCCCAUUGGCUGACAGGAGUAUGCCCCUAUGUUGUGGAACAUUUAAUGUUACAUGUGAAAAUGAAGUCUAUGAGGAUUUGAGUUAUUUUUCUCAUCAGUUAAGUUGCGUAACAGCUGGAAAUGAUUUGUACAAUAUUUAUCCAAGCAAAGGGGAAGUAUGGGCAUUAUACAAGAACUUCAGCUCUGAGUGGAGAUAUUCUGAUUUGAAGUAUUGUGGGUAUUACAUAGUUGAAGUCAUAAAGGUUAUCGAUGAUUGUUGGUUUUGCAAAAUGUUACUGGUCAUAAAACCGUAUUUCAAGCUAAAAAAGAAGUGGGAGAAUUUCUUUUCAUAAGUAUACCCUGGACCGACUUGUGUAGAUUCUCUCAUCAGAUUCCGUCUUUUAAGUUGGCAGAAGCAAAAUAUGGCAAUCUAUAUGGCUGCUGGGCGCUCGAUCCUAAAUCAAUGCCUGUUUAUGUAUAUUCCAACUGAAGUGUGGGUUGGUGUAGGUUUCGUCCAGGGUUCAGUCCAACACAUGGACUGAAGAAUCAUCCUGAAAGGACACAACCUUUUUUGCAUCUGAAAUCGGUAACUACGGAAAAAACUUAUCUUCUCUACUAAAAGACACUAAUGAGCUUUCAUCGGUGACAUUUAAGGUACCUUCAUUCCAGAAUGGACGGUACUAUGAUCUUGUUUUUUUUGUUUUGUUUUAUUAUCUGUGGAUCUUUGUAGAGUCGUGUCCUCACUGGACAAUCAUUUCAUGAAGCUAUCUAUACUCAUGCUUAUACAUAUGUAGGUUAACACAUUUCGUACUGUCAUAUGUAUGAAGUGCUUUUGUGAUGUAUCUGAACUCACUUCAUCUAAUGUAAACAAAAGGCAAUGAUAUUAGUUA